CAGCCAGUUCCCGCCUUUUUCGCAGUCAAAUUGGCAGGAAAGAUUAUUAGUAUUUCUUUCUAUUUUUUGGGAUUUUGAGCAGUAUUUUUCGUUUAUUCAGCACAAUGAAUAUCAAUGGCAUUCAUGAUACUCACGGCGAAUAUCAGUAUUUAAACCUUGUGAAACAAAUCAUCGACCAAGGCGAUAAAAGAGUAGACAGAACACAAGUUGGUACCCUAUCUAUAUUCGGAGCUAUACAAAGGUAUUCCUUAAGGAACAACACACUGCCCUUACUUACGACAAAGAGAGUCUUCACCAGAGGUGUUAUUGAGGAGCUGUUGUGGAUGAUAUCUGGUUCGACUGAUUCCAAAGUUUUGGCUGCUAAAGGAGUACAUAUUUGGGACGCGAAUGGCUCUCGACGUUUCCUUGAUAAUUUGGGUUUCACCAAGAGGGAAGAAGGUGAUCUUGGACCAGUCUAUGGCUUCCAAUGGAGGCACAGUGGAGCAAAGUAUGUGGAUUGUAAAACUAAUUAUGCUGGUCAAGGCAUUGAUCAACUCCAGAAUGUUAUUGAUUUAAUAAAAAAAAACCCAGCCGAUAGAAGGAUGCUGAUGUGUGCGUGGAAUCCAUCAGACCUUAACCAAAUGGCUCUACCGCCUUGUCACUGCCUAGCUCAGUUCCAUGUGGCAAGUGGUAGGCUAUCCUGCUUAUUGUACCAGAGAAGUGCAGACAUGGGUUUAGGUGUGCCUUUCAAUAUUGCCAGCUAUUCCUUGCUCACUCAUAUGAUUGCCCACAUUACAGGCCUUGAGGCUGGUGAAUUUGUUCACACUACUGGUGACACCCAUGUGUACUUAAAUCAUAUAGAACCACUUAAAAAACAACUCGAAAGAGAACCAAAACCAUUCCCCACUUUAGAGUUUGCACGUAAAAUUGAGUCCAUUGAUGAUUUCAAAUUUGAAGAUUUUAUAAUUAAAGGAUAUAAUCCUCACCCUAAAAUUGACAUGGAAAUGGCUGUGUAAUGUAAAAAUUAGUCUAAUUCUAAGAAUUUUUCAAAAUGUAUGUAAUUUGACAAAAUACAUGUUGUAAAUAUGUAUAAAACCUGCAUUAGAAAUAUGCAUUAUGGGAAUACCUACUAGGGAAAGCCCAGUUUUGAGAAAUAGAUAUUUGUGAGUUAAAUGUUUGUGAAAAGUGGAUUUUUCGAAUUAUUUUGGGAAUAAAAUACCUUUAUUUUAUUCCCAAAAUUAUCUGGAAUAAGUGGGAAAUAAAUGAUAAUUACAAUAAUAUCUGC